GGCGGCUGCAGAUGGGGGACCGGGAGGCUGAGCACACCCUGCCACGGACAGAGCUAGAGGAGAUCGCCAGCAAGAUUUCAGAUCUAAACAAAUGGAGAGAAAUUUUUAGUUUCCGUGGUUUGGAAAUCAGCAACUCAACUCAUCAGCCAGGCCGGGGCAGCGCCGGCGAUGGACCACCUGGAGAUGGAGACCCCACGGGGCCGCAGCCACCUCUGCUCCCCGCCGCCAUCCCCAAGCCCCUCCUGGUCCCUCCAGGCACAGGUGGACGACCCAUCUCCUUGGAAAUGGCAAUGAGGCUGCGAAAGCUGCUGUUUGGAAACGUGUCCCACAUCUUCAGCUGUGAAUGGGCACAAGCGUACUUCAGGUUUUGCGAGCCAUACUCUGACCUGGCCUAUGCUUUGGAGGCAGAAAAGGGGGGAACAAGAACCAUUCUGAUGGCUGUACAAGCACACAUCAUUAAAUACCUGCUCUUCGUAAGAAACACAGAAUAUACACACCUGGAAAGGCUGCGCAGGACAAGCCGGCAGGAGCAGGGGGAGGCGCUGGCUGCGGCGCUGGCAGACACCCUGUGGGCAGCAGGAGGAGGCGGGAGAGCCACCAUCAGUCUCCUCGCCCCAGCCCUCCACCUCAUGCCGAGUGGAGCCUACAAACCCGACAACUUCACGGAAAGAAUCCAGCUGUUUGAGUUCUCUGAGAAAGCAGCAGCUCAGGAAUUCAUCUUUGACCACAUAAACUGUUUCAAAGGUGAAGGCAGUCAUGGAGUGAUCCUAUUUUUAUACAGCUUACUUUUCUCUAGGACACUGGAAAGGGUCCAAGAAGAUUUAGACAGCACGGCAACUCCUCUGUUAAACGUCAGUUUUGGAAACAUCACCUGCACACAGGCUGUGAUCAGCCUCCUCCUGACAGGCCGGGCCAGUCCAUGCCAGCUUGACAGUGGCCAGGAGCCAGCAUGUGGUGGCGAGGUGUGGCAGCAGCGUGGCCCGGUGGGCUACCUGCGCUGGGACGGGGCGCAGGUGGAGCGGCAGCCAGCCCCACCGGACAUGUUGUCCCCCCUCUCCCAGGUGUGCCACGGGCUGAGGACGCCCCGGCUGCCCGUCUGGCUGUGCAGCCUCUCCGGCAGGCACGGCGUCCUCUUUGGCACUGAUAGCCGGCUCCUCUCCGACUGGAAAACAGAGAGAGUUUUCCACCUGUACUUCUACAACGGGCAGCGGGAGCAGACGAAAACAGCCCAUCUGACGAUAGACACUCAUUCGCAUCCCUGGGAAGAGGACCCAUGUGAAGACCCAAGCAGCCUGGGGAAGAGGCGUCCUCCCGUGGAGAUGGCCAUCAGGACCAAGUGGGCAGGAGCAACCGUCAGCUGGAACGGGACAGACCCCUUCUUCUGA